GAGAAGAUAAUUUUAUCGGGCAUUUCUGGCAGGGUAGAGUCUGGAGAAAUGCUAGCAGUCAUGGGUCCCUCUGGCGCUGGUAAAUCCACUGUUUUGGACGUACUUGCCAAGCGAAUUUAUGCUUCCGAGGGGAAAGUUAACGUAGAUAUGAAGAACCUCACGGCGUAUGUUGAGCAAAGCGACACACUGCUUGGCGUGCUCACAGUUCAGGAAACCAUCUACUUCGCAGCUCGCUUAGGCUUGGCCUCUUCGACGCCAGCACAAGUCAUCCACGAACGAGUUGGACGAGUACUUUCCGAGCUCGGUCUUUGUGAUGUCCACAAUAGUCGCAUCGGCAACCCGGUGCAGCGCGGUAUCUCUGGCGGUCAGAAGCGUCGUGUUACCUUAGGUGCAGCGCUUGUGACAAUGCCAAGAAUUCUCCUCCUUGACGAGCCCACAAGUGGACUCGAUAGUCGUGCAGGCCGUGAGGUGCUAACUGCGAUCAAGAAGAUCGCACUACAACAUGGAAUGAUUAUAAUUGCAAGCAUCCAUCAACCGAGCUGGGAGACCUUUUCCCUUUUCGACAAGCUUCUGCUUCUCGCACAAGGCCGCACCGUGUACUACGGCGUAACAAGCGGGCUAGCAACAUAUCUGGGAGAUGGGUUAGGUCAGCCCGUACCGAAGUUUGCGAACCCAGCAGAUCGGGCUCUCGACUUCAUUAGCACAGAUUUCAUCACAGAUCCAAAGGAACGGGGACAAGUUGCCGCCGACCUUGCAGCUCGCUGGUCAUUCUACUCUCGGACUCAACCAUACGAGAACGAGCUCCGAUUCUCAAUCCCAAGAUCCCAGGAUAGGUCUUUUGUACGACGUCUACGUAAUGAGGAUAAGUUGCAAGGAUGUACUCUGAAGGCCCUCAAGCGGAGCGUACAGAAGACCCAGAUCCUCAUGGAACGUAACAUGAUCAAUUACUCUCGUAACUUGCUCGCAUACGGUGUGAGAAUUGCAAUGUAUCUAGGAAUGGGGAUCCUUCUAGCUACCGUAUGGGUCAACCUCGCGCAGAAUUCUGCGAAAAUUAACGAUAGACUGAGCGUGCAUUUCUUUUCCGUGGCAUUCCUCGGCUUUAUGAGUGUCGCAGGUAUCCCUGCUUUUCUCGAAGAGCGUCUUGUCUUCGUACGUGAGCGUAUGAAUGGAUUAUAUGGGCCCGGUACAUACGUCCUCGCCAACUCACUUGUCAUUUUGCCAUAUCUCUUCGUUUGUGUGCUGUUGUUCUCUGUAAUAUGUUACUGGAGCAUUGGCCUGAAUCCCGGAGCGGACCAGUUCUUUAGGUUCCUCGGCGUACUAUUUCUUGCUGUGUAUACUGCAGAGUCUCAGUCCGCGGUGGUCGCUUCAAUGCUUCCAAACUUCGUGGCAUCCCUCGCUGUUGCAUCUUUCCUGAACGGGUUUUGGAUGUGUGUGGGUGGAUAUUUCAUCAGGGCAGUGAAUCUCCCCCGUUUCUGGUACUAUUGGGCACACUUCAUUGAUUACCAGACAUAUGCGUUCGAUCUACUCGUAUUCAACGAUCUCCAUGGUAUUACGUUGGCAUGCACUACUUUAAGCGAUGGAACGUGCUUUUGCGACUAUCCAAGUUCGCUGACAGCUCAGGGUCAGUGCGCUCUGACAGGCGAUGACGUCCUCGAGGCAACACAGGCUUUGGGCAUUCGGGGCAUAAGCUUCAAGCUCUACGCCGUAAUCCUUCUGCUUAUCGCACUCGUGUACCGACUCCUGUUGUACAUUGUACUUGUGGUCAAAAAGCGAUGA